UAUUUCCCACCUCACGACUAUACUCUCAUCAUCAGAUCACUCAUCUCUGUCCGUAGAUUCCUUUCUCCUCACUAACCGUCCGAUCUCUCCAUCCAACGGUCACCAUUCAUCUCCCUUCUUACUUAUUCUCUUCACUUCCUUUCUCCAACGUCCCUCCCUCACUCCCUCUCUCGCCGCCGACGCUAACAAACAAUGGCGUCUCUCGCCCUCUCCGGCUCCUGCUCCCUCGCCUUCCCCCUCAAAUCCCGCUCCCUCCUCCUCCCCCGUCCCCCCUCCUCCCUCAAUCCCCUCAAAAAACCUCUCCGAUCUCGCAUCUCCCUCGUGAAAUCUCCACUCACAAUCUCUCUCACGAAGAGAUCAACACUCGUUAAGGCUGCAGCUUCCUCCUCUCCGGCGCCUGUUGUCCCCGCUCCGGCGCCAUGGCAAGGAGCAGCGAUCAAGCCUCUCCUCGCAUCGAUCGCCACGGGAGUGAUCAUCUGGUUCCUCCCCGUGCCCGAAGGAGUCACACGAAACGCGUGGCAGCUCCUCGCGAUCUUCCUCGCCACGAUCGUCGGAAUCAUCACACAGCCCCUCCCGCUCGGCGCCGUGGCGCUACUCGGACUCGGCGCAUCAGUCCUCACCAAAACCCUAACCUUCGCCGCGGCCUUCUCCGCCUUCGGAGACCCCAUCCCCUGGCUAAUCGCGCUCGCCUUCUUCUUCGCGCGCGGAUUCAUCAAAACGGGCCUAGGCAACCGCGUCGCCUACCAGUUCGUCAAACUCUUCGGAAGCUCGUCUCUAGGGCUAGGUUACAGCCUCGUCUUCAGCGAAGCCCUUUUAGCUCCGGCGAUCCCGUCGGUGUCCGCGCGUGCCGGUGGGAUUUUCCUCCCUCUGGUGAAGUCUUUAUGUGUGGCGUGUGGGAGUAACGUUGGGGAUGGGACGGAGCAUAGGCUCGGGUCGUGGCUGAUGCUGACGUGUUUCCAGACGUCGGUGAUCUCGUCGUCUAUGUUUUUGACGGCGAUGGCGGCGAAUCCGUUGAGUGCGAACUUGGCGUUUAAUACGAUUAAGCAGACGAUUGGGUGGACUGAUUGGGCGAAAGCGGCGAUUGUGCCUGGGAUUGUGUCGUUGAUUGUUGUUCCGUUUCUGUUGUAUCUUGUUUAUCCGCCGACGGUUAAGAGUAGUCCGGAUGCUCCCAAGCUGGCUCAGGAGAAGUUGGAUAAGAUGGGGCCUAUGUCUAAGAAUGAGUUGAUUAUGGCUGCCACUUUGUUUCUCACUGUUGGUCUCUGGAUUUUUGGAGCUAAGCUGAGUGUAGACGCUGUGACUGCAGCCAUUCUUGGAUUAUCAGUGCUUCUUGUGACAGGUGUUGUCACAUGGAAAGAGUGCUUAGCUGAGUCGGUUGCGUGGGACACUCUCACUUGGUUCGCUGCUCUCAUUGCAAUGGCUGGUUAUCUUAACAAAUACGGUCUCAUCGAGUGGUUCAGCCAGACCGUAGUCAAGUUUGUGGGAGGAUUGGGUUUGUCAUGGCAACUAUCAUUUGGAAUCCUCGUCCUCUUGUACUUCUACACUCAUUACUUCUUUGCGAGUGGAGCUGCUCACAUCGGAGCUAUGUUCACUGCAUUUUUGUCUGUCUCAACAGCUCUAGGCACACCACCUUACUUUGCAGCCUUGGUUCUUGCAUUCCUCUCGAACCUGAUGGGAGGACUGACCCAUUACGGUAUCGGGUCUGCGCCUAUUUUCUACGGGGCUAACUACGUGCCGCUUGCCAAAUGGUGGGGCUAUGGAUUCUUGAUCUCAAUAGUCAACAUUCUUAUCUGGCUUGGUGUAGGUGGAGCCUGGUGGAAGUUCAUUGGCUUGUGGUGAUGACCAACCUCCACACACUAGCAUUCUCAUUCUUUCCCCUUACUUAUAUAUUAAUCUCUUAGAGUGGCUAAGGAUUAAGGAUUGAUAAUCAGGAUUUUUAAGAGUGUAAGCUCGUUAUACUAUCGCAUCACAUUUUGAGGUGUAAGCAGAUCUUAACUUGCAUCAAUUUUGUUUGUCUCUUAACUUCUUGUUUUUGAGUGAGACCACACCACCUUUACUUUAUUAGCC